ACCUAAUUGAAGAAGAAGAAGAAGAAGAAGAAGAAGAAGAAGUAUUAGCAGUAGCAGCUAGGCUUCAGGGAAUCACUACAUUUCAUAGUGAAGGAGGCUUACUGAUUUCACAUCAAAAUGAUGACAUUUCUACCUAAACUGCUUUUGCUAGUAUUACUAGCUUUCCCGGCAACGAUUAUCAUGAAAGGGUCAUUGGUGGCAGCUCAGGAUGCUACUGAGGACGAGGAGGCAGCUGAUGAAGAUGCUGUGGAUGAUGACGUGAACGCAGAGGAUGAGGAUGACGAGGCCGAAGUUGAAGAUGAUGAAAAUACGGAAUUGACGGAAGAAAAAGAGGAUGAGGAGGAAGCCGUAGGAGGAGAUGUGAAAGCCUCCCCCAAUGCUGACACCACCAUCCUCUUCGUCAAGGGAGAUGACUUCCCAGCUAACGACAUUGUGAAGUUCCUGAUGGGCUUCACCAACAAAGGCAGCGACAACUUUGUGGUGGAGUCACUGGACGCAUCCUUCCGCUACCCGCAGGACUUCCAGUUUUACAUCCAGAACUUCACAGCCCUGCAGCUGGGAAUAGUGGUGCCUGCCGGGCGCCAGGCCACAUUUGAGUACUCCUUCAUCCCCGCCGAGCCCAUGGGUGGGCGCCCCUUCGGCCUGGUUAUCAACCUCAACUACAAGGACAGCAACGGUAACUUGUUCCAGGAUGCUGUGUUCAACCAGACUGUGACCAUCACAGAGAGAGAGGACGGACUGGACGGAGAGACGAUCUUCAUGUAUGUGUUCCUGUCUGGUUUGGGUCUGCUGGUGGUGGUAGGCCUUCAUCAGCUGCUAGAGUCCAGAAAGAGGAGGCGGCCAGCUGCCAAGGUGGAGAUGGGCACUUCUAGCCACAACGAUGUGGACAUGAGCUGGAUUCCCCAGGAGACCCUUAACCAGAUCAUGCAGAGUCGGCGAGACAAGGCUUCCCCCAGACGAUCUCCCCGCAAGCGGACACAGAAGCGCUCUGCUGGUUCGGACGAGUGAUGGGCUCCCACUGCCCAGUUCUGCCAGUCGCGCCUGAUGCAGCCAUAGCGCCAACCUUGUCAGCUGGGGAGAGGCAAUAGCCUUCUCUCACCACAAAAUCUCUUCACACGAGGCCGGUUUCUACCGCUAAACUAGACGAUAAAUACCAAACGGACCCAUUUUAUUUUAUUUUGUCGAGGAGUUAUUAUCACAGGUAUUGUGAUGAAGAAAUGGUUAAUUCAUUUUGAGUAAGUUUUUGUGAAGAUUAAAGCCCUGAAAGAUGGAGAUAGGAGGGGGGGAUAUUAGAGCUAGGUAAAUGAUAGUGGGGGAUGAUACACUUCAUGUUUUUUUUUCUUUUAGGUAAUUUUUGGUUGCGAUUGCCUUUCAUGUAUUUACCUGUGGAUUUCUUUUUGAGGCAGAAUAGUGAUUGUUGUUUUUGGUAUCCCGGAGAGCCAUGAUUACACACACCAUGUCUGUAAAAAAAAAAUAUAUAUAUAUAAUGUUUUGCACUGGUUAAUAUCUACACAUUUGUGUUUCUGUCACAUUGUUCUCUGCUGCUUCGUGGCACAGAGGAUGGCUGGCUUCGAAUCUUGUCAUUUGAAGUGCACUGCAAUGUUCGGCCAUCUUUCACAGCUUGGAUGAUUCGGUGAAGACAUGAGGACAUGGUAAACAGUCUUCUUUUGUCCUCAAUGUGCCUGUAAAAAAAUAUAUAUACACGUUUUGUGUAAUUUACUGUAAAUUUGCAUUCUUUAUUCCAAGGCUCGAUUUAUUUAAUCUAAACCUAUGAAUUCAGUAUUUAAUUUUAAAUCUGAGGAUCUGAAUACAGCACUGGUGUGUGUGUGUGUAUACACUGAUGAGUGCCCUGCAAUGCUAAUUUAGUUUCUUGACUUGUCUGUGUUUUACAGGGACAGUACAUUUACUACUGUACCACAAGCCCCCCCAUUUCAUAAACUUCUGAGAGGGGCUUUGGACUAACUGUUUGGCACUGACUGUCAAAUUUGUGAAAACAAAUGUUCGCUAUUAAAUCUUCCAUUUUCCCCCCCCAACCAUCUUUCUGUUGUGUGAUUCAUGGAGCUUUUUAUUUACCAUUUGAGAACAGAUGGAUCCCAAAUAAAAAAUGGCCCCCUCUGUAUAUGAACUUGUAAUGAAAACAUAUUGUAGCAAAAAAAAACAUUUUUAAGCCACAGUAUGAAAGUGUUUAUUUUGGACACUGGUGCAGCAUGAUGUAGAAAACAGAAAAUUAAAGUGGAGAUGUAUGUG